UCGUAUUGUGGAGGGGAGGAAGCGGACGACGGGCAACCACCUCCCCGCGCCCACGGCCCACCACCCCUCUCGCCGCCCGUGCUCCUCCGCGUCGCUGGCCGUUUCCCUCACGGCGGACUCGCCUCCCAUCGUCUUCCCGCGUCACAUCCGGCGGAUCCCAACCAAGGUUGCGUGCUCGCCUUUGGGACACCGCGCCCACGGUCCAUCAUCCCCGCACGCCGGAACAACCCGCCCAUCCCUCUCGCCGAACAGUCAUCUGCUCAUCUUCCCUUCCACGAAAAGCCCCAACUCCAAGCGACUCGAUCCGUCGAUCAUCCCAGCGGCGGCGAUGGCGUCCGCCUCCCUCCCGGCGCCGGCCCCCGGCCGCGCGGCGCUGCUCAAGGCCUUCGAUGAGUCCCGCACGGGGGUGCGCGGCCUCGUGGAGUCGGGCGUCUCCUCCGUCCCGGAGAUCUUCCGCCACCCGGACCCUUACGCUUCCAUCCCGCUCGCCCCGCCCGGCGCCUCCAUCCCCGUCGUCGACCUCUCCCUCCCCUUCCCCGACGCCGCCGCCGCCGCCGCCGAGGCCGCCCGCACCUGGGGCUUCUUCCACCUAGUCAACCACCACCGCGCCCUCCCGCAGCCCUCCACCGGCGACGACUACCCCGCGCGCGCCCUCGCCGCGGUGCGCGCCUUCAACGAGCUUCCCGCCGCCGAGCGCGCGCCCCACUACGGCCGCGCUGUGGACGGCGGGGUCAACUACUCCACCAACGUCGACCUGUACAACUCCCCGGCGGCCAGCUGGCGCGACACCAUCCAGGUCAUGCUGGGUCCCAACCGCCGCCCCGACCUCGCGUCCCGGAUCCCCGCCGUCUGCCGCGCCGAGCUGCUCGAGUGGGAGGUGCGCGCCACCGCCGCCGCGCGCGCCGUCAUGGGGCUCCUCUCCGAGGGGCUCGGGCUCGGGGCCGCCGCGCUGGAGGAGGCGUCCUGCCUCGAGGGGAAGGUCAUGGCGUGCCACUACUACCCGCACUGCCCCGAGCCGGAGCGCACCAUGGGCAUCGUCCCGCACACGGACCCCGGCGUGCUCACCGUGCUCGCGCAGGAUGAGAUCGGCGGCCUGCAGGUGAAGCACCAGGACCAGGACGGCAACGCAUGCUGGGUGGACGUCAAGCCCGUGCCCGGAGCGCUCGUCAUCAACGUCGGCGACCUCUUGCAGAUAAUGUCUAAUGACAAGUACCCGAGCGUCGAGCACCGGGUGACCAUGAACACGCACAAGGAACCCAGGGUUUCAAUCGCCGUCUUCUUCAGUCCUGGGAAGAGAGGGGACUCGAAUUUGUACGGACCAUUGCCAGGGCUGGUUUCUUCGGAGAACCCACCCAAGUACAAGAAUUUCACCAUGGAGAAGUUCUACGGGACCUUCUUCUCACGGGACCUUGCGAGCAAAGCUCUAAUUGAUCACUUCAAGAUGUAAUGUAGCCGAAAAAUUCAGACCUGUGUAGUGUAGAUGGGUACGUGGUUGCUGGUAAGGAAAUUGUUCUGCUUCAUAGUAGCAGUCAUAAACUCAUAAUAGAUUUAUAGAUUUGUCCUCCGUUUCGUUCU